CACGACGCAUGAACGAUUGCCCUGCGUAACUCGUCUCAACUUUCUUCACUUAAUCAAGGGCGCCUUCCAGCUCACCAAACAUUUCUUUAUUUAAGGACCAUUAGCGUCCAAAAUGACGAGUCUACGAAUGGGCAGCAUGCCGUCACUGAGACGGCAGCACCUCCUUGCCGAAUUUGCCGGCCUGAAACAGGCUUGUCCCGAAGGUGUCUUUGUGAGCCUAACCCCUGGGGACCCGAUGUUGUGGUCAGGAGUCAUGUUCGUGAGGCAUGGACCUUAUGCCACGGCUAUCCUCAGAUUUCAAAUAUCAUUUCCGGAUACUUACCCACGCCUGCCGCCACUCGUUACCUUUUCAACAGACAUGUUCCAUCCCUUGAUAACACCAUUGACGACAUACAUGUACACCACCGACAUCCAGGACAACGGCACCGUCAGCGCCACCGACGCCGAGCGUCUUCCACCCGGCGGCUUCAGCCUGCGACACGGAUUCCCGGCAUGGUUUGGGAGGGGCAGCCGGAGCAAUGCGGGAAGCAGACAGGUCAGCGGCCAGCAACAACCGCCCGCAACGCCCGCCAAGCACGGCGCGUCCAGCACCGCGACGACGCCGAGCUCAAAGGCCACGCCAUUGGGUGGCCGGCCGGGGUAUCUUGACACGUCGAGGCGGGACGUUUCAACGUACGAGGUCUUGCGGUACAUCCGGAGCACGUUCGACGACGAGAGCGUGCUGGACUCGGUGCCACUUGAGGCGGCGGGGAAUCCUGGUGCUUGGCAUGCGUGGCGGACGCGUCAGCGGCAGGCAGGCAAGGUGUUUAUCGGUGACCCCGUUCCUCAAGAGAGAGAAGACGAGGAAACGGGGCCCGGGGACAGUGCCGAGGGGAAAAGGGACCAGGAGGAGAAAAAUGAGGAGAAUCCUCCUGCUCCUCCUGCGCCAGAGACGAAACCGGCCAGCAGUGAGUUCGCCAUUGCGAGGAAGCCUAUCAGCAUCGGUAGUUCUGCCGCUGCGGUUCCUAGGAAGCCCGGAGACUGGAACUGGGAAGGCGUGUGGGAAGACCGAGUGCAGAAGGGCAUCAUCGCCUCUCUUUCGGAGGCGGUUCUUUACGGAGCGGCGUCGGUAGGCGGCGAUGACCUUAUCAACUUUCUUCCGAUGGAGGAGAGUGAUGUGAAACUCACCGUAGGUAACUUGCUGCGCACAUUGGGGAAAAGCGGCGCUGCGACCCCUGAAAAACGUAGUAGCAUGCAGAGCGUGCCUGCGACGGAAUGAUGACCUUCUCUUGCCCUUCAUGAUAGCGACUUCCUUAUACAGCCUUGUAACGCAUCCUUCCCUUCAU